AUGGUCACAGAUAAUCAAGGCUCGCCGCCUCAAUCAAGGCUCACCACUAUCUUAGUGAACAACCUGCAUUGCCCUUCGUGCGUGACCAAUGUCGAAGACACUUUAUCAGCUCUCACUCCCUCGCCCUUUUCCAUCUCGACCUCCAUCGUGUCCCAUGCAAUCAGAGUCACGCACCCCAUUACCCUCAGCAGCUCCCGGAUCGUAUCCGCACUCGAAGAUGUUGCCUUUGAAAUUGACAGUGUCAUCGCCAACGACUCAGACGGAGGCGACCUUGAAGCUCAGCAACACCAACCCCGUCACGCCAGCUCUGGAAAGCAUGAUGUUCUUUCUCAAUCGAAAGUACAUAUCCAGAAGUGCGAUGAAUGUGCCACGCAACUCGCCGCAUUAUCAUCCAGUGCUAGUGACAAUGAACGGGCCAUGAAGGAGAUCACUGCAGCGGCCGCGUCCGUCAGCUCUGCGGAUAACAGCCUCACAUCCGUUGUGGAUGACCGGCUCACAGGCAGCCGAACACGCAUUACGCUAUCCAUCAGUGGAAUGUCCUGCAGCUCAUGUGUGGGAAAGAUUACGGGUGCUUUGCAAAACCGACCGUGGAUCUUAUCGGCCGAUGUCAAUCUCCUCACUAGUAGUGCUGUCAUAAUGCUCAUGGAUAACUCACAUGUGGACGAAGUGCUUGAGAUUAUCAGAAGCUCGGGAUACACCGUGGAACUGAUCGACACGGAGGAGCUGCAACCUCAGAAACCAUCCAAGCCGUCUGGAAUGGCAGAUGCCUGGCGAGCUUCCUAUGUCAUCGGAGGCAUGACCUGCAGCUCCUGCGUUGGCAAAGUGACUGACACUCUGAAUCACCAUGAUUGGAUUACCAAAGUGGACGUGAACCUGGUCUCAGGCAGUGCGACUGUGGAAUUCCAAGGAAAAACACACCUCGAGGAGAUUGCAGAAAUCAUCAAGGGUCUGGGUUAUACGGCCACUCUUAGUGACCUGGAGAGCAGGGCACCGGCGGAGCAACGUAGCGCAAAACGAUCGCUGAUGAUCCAGCGCAUUCUGGAUGCUCUUGAGGUAUAUUCAGCCCGGUUGGAUGUGACAGAACCGCCUAGCAAAGCUCAGCACAGGCUCACAGUAAAUUAUCUUCCCGACGCACCCAAUUUUACCAUCCGGCAUAUCAUCCGGACCAUCGCCGAUGUGGACAAGUCUUUCACUGUUUCCAUUUACCAUCCGCCCAGUCUGGAGGAACGUUCGCAGGCAAUGCAUCGUAGACAUCAGUGGCAAAUUGCACGUCGCCUAGCCCUGUCCGUACUGGCAGCCAUACCAACAUUCAUCAUCGGGAUCGUUUACAUGUCCCUAGUCUCAAAGGACAACCCCGGUCGCAUGUACCUCGAGGAGCCCAUGUGGGCUGGUCAGGUAUCACGCAUUGAAUGGGCACUUUUCAUCAUGGCAACUCCCGUCUACUUCUUCGCUGCUGACCUGUUCCACCGCCGUAUGAUCACCGAGCUCAAAGCCUUAUGGAGACCAGGGAGCAAGACCCCAAUCCUGCGGCGUUUCUAUCGUUUUGGAAGUAUGGAUAUGCUCAUGUCACUGGGAACGUCGAUUGCCUAUUUCUCGUCCAUCGCGAUACUGGCAAUCGAUGCCACACAGCCGAGGGACGGCCAUAAAGCGUCCAGAGACGGAACAUUUUUCGACUCGGUGGUGUUCCUGACGAUGUUUCUAAUGAUCGGCCGGUUGCUAGAGGCUUAUAGCAAAGCUAAGGCUGGAGAUGCCGUGGGUCUCCUUGGCAAGUUGCGCCCCAAGGAGGCUCUCCUCGUGGAGCGGGAUGGAGAGGAAUCCACGAACACUCGCGCGAUUCUGGCCGAUCAGUUGGAAUUUGGGGACGUGGUACGUGUGGCGAAUGGUGCUUCCCCCCCGUAUGACGGGACUGUGGUGGAAGGAGAAUCUCAGUUCGACGAAUCCAGUUUGACCGGAGAAUCUCGACCGGUCACCAAAUCGAUCGGAGAUGAUGUAUUUUCGGGCACUAUUAAUCAGGCGGGCCCAGUUUCGGUGCGUAUCACUGGACUUUCUGGGGAUUCAAUGUUGGAUCAGAUUAUUGGCGCCGUUCGUGAAGGACAAAUUCGCCGGGCACCCAUCGAGCGUACAGCUGACCUGAUCACUGGAGUCUUUGUGCCAAUCAUUACGCUGAUUGCUAUUUUGGACUGGAUUGUAUGGCUGGCUCUUGGCCUCUCGGGCAGAUUGCCUGACUCAUGGAUGAAUGGGAAUCCCGGAGGGUGGGAGUUCUGGUCAUUGCAGUUCGCUAUAUCAGUGUUCGUUGUCGCUUGCCCCUGUGGAAUUGGGCUUGCUGCACCAACGGCGUUGUUUGUUGGUGGCGGACUCGCCGCCCAAAAUGGUAUUUUGGUCAAGGGAGGUGGUGAAGCGUUCCAGGAAGCUAGCCAACUUGAUUGUAUCGUCUUUGAUAAAACGGGUACCAUAACCGAGGGAGGUGAACCGGCCAUCACUGAUCAUGAGGUAGCCAACACUGAAGAUGUCGACAAUAUCUGGGGUGCAGUUUUAGACCUCGAACAGAACAGUAGUCACCCAAUCGCUAAGGCGAUGGUGUCUUUUGCCAACUCCCAACAGCCACCGGCCCUCAAAGCUACUACUGUGGACGAGAUUCCAGGAAAGGGCAUGAAAGGCUCUUUCUUUCCUCAGGGCCAAAAUGGACCUGUGCUUGAGGUCAUUAUAGGCAAUGAAGCUCUGAUGAAAGAUUAUAAGGUUGUGAUAUCCUCGAGCAAUGAUGAAACGUUGACCACCUGGAAGCGCCAGGCAAAGUCGGUCGUUCUAGUCGGCACCAGAAUCCGUCCAACACCAGGACCCACAGUGCACGUUCCUUGGAAGCUCUCGUUGAUGUUGGCUGUAGCUGACCCCGUUCGACCCGAGGCUAAGGACACCCUCCAAGCCCUGCGCAAUCGGGGCAUAGCGGUCUGGAUGCUUUCCGGAGACAACCCGACGACUGCUCACGCAGUGGGAGAGAUGGUGGGGAUCUCGGCGGACAACAUUAUCGCCGGUGUCUUGCCCGAGCAAAAGGCCGAGAAGGUACAGUACCUGCAGAAAACUCUUCAGAAGCCUCCUCGAUCGAGUUGGUUCAAGUGGAGCAAGGAGCCCCAGUCCAGCCGAGCGAUGGUCGCCAUGGUUGGUGAUGGAAUUAAUGACUCACCUGCUUUGACCGUAGCUGAUGUGGGUAUCGCCAUCGGGUCUGGGUCGGAUAUCGCCAUCUCGUCCGCCGAAUUUGUCCUGGUCUCCUCCGGUCUUACAUCCCUUCUUACCCUGAUCGACCUCAGCCGCCUCGUGUUUCGACGGAUCAAGUUCAACUUUGGCUGGGCUUUGGUGUAUAACUGUGUUGCCGUUCCAGUCGCCGCUGGUGUGUUCUAUCCUAUUGUCAGCAAUGGUACUCAUGUGCGGUUGGAUCCCAUCUGGGCUAGUCUUGCAAUGGCGUUGAGCAGUGUUAGUGUUGUUUGCAUUGGCUUCAGAGCUAAGAAAUAG